AUGCAAAAUUAUCGUCACGUAUAAAUGCCGACAUCGAAACUCUGGAGUCGAUUCCAGUCAUAACUUCCAAGUAGGAUUUCUAAAUUUUUAUAUUUUAUCAAAAUUAACUGCGAACUAUAUCAAAUAUAGUCGCAAAGUUGUGAUUAUAAUGAAGUUUCUAGUAGUAGCUCUAAUAUGUGUAAAUUUAAUGCCCGCUUGGAUUGAAGCGGAGAAAGCCGCAGAGAAGUAUUCCAAAAAGGCAAAUACACUGCCAGAUUCGGAAGUUUAUCAGCCGGAUUUUCGCAACAUUCAGCGUCCUUAUCGAAUGGCCAAACUUAAUCUGGUCUGGUCGAAGGCACAGCAUCGCUUAACUGAACCAAAGCUGAAAUCUUUGUACACGGAACUAAAAAUACACGACAAAGAAGAAAUAGCAUGGAAACAACUGAAUUCCCAGCACAAAGACAAAGAAGGUUUGAAGGAAGCCGAGCUACGAAAAAAGUUGAUCGGAAUCAUGAGCACCUAUGGAUUGUUGGAAUACUUCGAUGAUACUCAGGAUCCAGAAAAGUACAAACCAUACAAGGCAUUCUCCGGAAAAGUGGACAACUAUAUGAACAAAAGUUUAUUCAAAGAUAAAAAACUCAAUAAACUUUGGGAAAAGGCUGAAACGUCAGGUUUUACCAAGGAAGAACUAGAUGCCUUAAAAGAGGAAUUUGAACACCAUCAAGAGAAGAUUGAUAUCUAUUACAACUUGCUGGAAAAAUUAGACCAUGAUGACGGCAAGUCUGGCAAAGUGCACGAGAACGCUGUGAAUGAAGAUGAGCACGAUAAAUUCAAUGAAAUAGGUACGGCUGAGGAGGAUAGCAACGAUAUCAUGGCUCAACAGAAAAAUGAGGAGAAGCAAAACUCUUACCUGCACAAAUCUAAUCAACUGAGAGAGAAGCACCGAGAUAUCAAAGAUAACUUCGAUAGAUUGGAACGAAUCGCCGCAAAGGGACCCGAUAGUCAGGAUUUCAUUGAACCGAAAGUGCAAGGGCUGUGGAAGAUCGCUGUGCACUCGAAUUUUACAGCAGACGAACUGGCUUCGUUGAAAGUAGAACUAUUGCAUUAUGAGCGCCGGCUGCUGAAAUUGCGACACAUGCAUGCGGAGCACGCCUUGAGCAUGGAGAAACACAAAAACGCGAAACACGGCGAUAAAGCUGAUACGCACAAAAUGAUGGAGGAGAAUAUUAAAAAGCAGACAAGGAAAGUUGAGAAACUACAGGAAGAGGUUGAAAAGCGCAUAUUGAAGCAUGCAGAGCUAUAGAUUAUGUUCCGAAUUUGAGCUUUAGAAUGAUUACCUGCCCAUAUUCGCAUAACAGUCCCAUGUUCUUUGGAAUUUUCGUUAAACAUGAGAAUGCUAUGCGAAUGUGGGCAGUUAUGAUGUUAAUAAAAAAUGUUUGUUUGACAUGAUCUACAGUAAUGGCAUCAAAUUUGAUAUAAAGAUAUUUACACUCGAAUUAUUGAAGCAAUAUAUUAAGGGAGGUAGAGACAUCAUUCUGGCAUAAGUUGUUUAGAAUAGGAGGUGAAUCAUUUUGGCAGCGGACUUAUCUCGGACUCAGCCAUCCAAGAACAAAUUGACUAGCAUUUAUGUGCCAAAAUAAAUCAGAAAAGAAAAAACAAACUAAUUGUUAUGCAUAUGGUUUAUUACGGUAAAAUAGCAUAAAAGGUAAGCUCGCAUUAUGAACACAGUUAAAUCUCCAUGAGUCGAUGUUCCUUGACUCGUUAGUAAAGUUCGAAACAACUUUCAAAAGAAUUAUGUUAGUAGAAUCAUUAAAACCUGAGUAUGCUAAUGUCACGACUUUUCGUGUUACCAACCUCGAAUUUUCCUCGAAGUGAUAGCGUGAGUACCGGCUCUCAAAGUGUCACAUAAAUUUUAAAUAUUAGAAGAAAUCACCCUCUACGCCAUGGCACUGAGCAACGCAUAAAAAACUACAAUUAAAUGUCAUAAUAAAUUGAUUCAAUUUAGGGACAACAGCGCCGCUAGCGUUCUACUACUAAAAAUUAUAUUUUUGGUGUCAUGAAUCGACUGUCCUUUCAAUAUCGGUUCAUGGAGAUUAGACUGUAUGUAUCGAAUGUCAUUCUCAACUAGGCAAAAGCACAAAACAAUCAAAAUCCAAGGAGUAUUAUGUGUAGGAAAAAAAAUCGGAAAAGCCCAUCACAUUUGGGUUUCAGUUAGUUAUUUUGAUGGGCGUAAUUGAGUAAUAGAGGUUACCUGCGACCUGCAAAGCCAUGUAUACUAAUGCCGAAGAAACCUUUCCUAUUGUUUGUCCAGAUUUGUGUACUAGUUUAACUUUUUCUAGAGCGAGCAGCUGAUCUUCUAAUAACUUUUCUAUAUUAAUGUUCA